AUGUCAGAGCAGAAGCCCAAAAUACCGAAACGAAGAAGACUUCUCCGGAAGAAGCCCAACGAUCGUGACAGUGAUGAGAAUGAUGUCAAUAAUGCCUACCUUUGUGAUACUGAAGGUUACGCGCUCGACAAUUUGCACUACUACAAAAUUCGCCUUCCAGAUGGCCGUGAGAUACAGACUCGGCCAAGACUAAAUAACUACGUCGAUUUAGUCGUCGGUCCAGCCGGUAGCAGUGACCGAUUCUUUCUUCGGGAGGAGUCGUGGCGCACUGAAGCCGUCACGGAGAUCCAUUUGAAGAUAGUGAACUAUGAGAUUGAUUAUUACCUUGAUCCGAACGAGCGUACGGGUAUAGUCUUUGCCAUGUGGCAGGAGCUCGAUUCUCAGGAUAACCAUUUCGUAAUUCGUGGUCGAAGAUUCGGUGGCCGAAAUUUUAUUGGAUAUUUAAACGAAGGGGAGAGGUAUGACUUCUCUCUAGGAACCUAUGACACUGAUACAAGUCUUAAUACUAUCGCUCUCUCCUGCUCCUCUGAUCUCACAUUUGAGGUUGAAUUUGUGUGCAUGUCUGAGAAGGAUUAGCUUUCUUAUUCUUUAAGCUGAUGAGAAUGUCAUCCAACGGACAUCGCGGAUAUUUGCACGUUCUUUUUAUGCUUAUUUUGUUCGUAUGUAUCUAGUGUCACUUAUGUUAGUAAAAUUGUAGAGGAUGG